GCCGUCCGAGUGCAAAUUUACGAGUUUGGUUCUAACUAUUUCUUAGACGAAGAACUCGAUUACAAGGAGGUCGACAGGAUGCUCCGCGAUGGAGGCCUCACGGCCGUCAAAUCCAUCGUUAAGCUCGCCAAGAUUGUGAACCGCACCGCCGCUGCCGUCUAUGACGACUUAAUGCCCACCGAGGCACUUGGCCUCGGCCAGUCACGCAUCACCAUGUACACCGACUUCGCCAUGACGGUCCUCCGCGGAGGCCUCUGGGACAUCUGGGUCAUGCAUGCAGAGGGAGGAGAGCUCACGGAGUGGCUAUCGUUCGAGGGGAAGCGCCGCCUGGCCGAUCACCACAAGAACGCCUUCAUCGGAAUCCGCACCUGUUCCUACUUCGGCAAGACCCGAUGGUUGAAACUCGGGUUUCCGGAUUCCCGAGAGCUGCUCCCGGCUGAGCAGAGGGUGGCUAGGUGGGAAAAGAACAAAGUCAUGCCCAGAGCGUUUCUGCUCAAGGCAUGCUGUGAGCUUCAAGGGAAGUGGGAAGACUUUCAGAUCGAGCACUCGCGCUCGGCCAAGCUGUUCCCCUGCCUCCUAGGCGGGGUUGAGGAAGAGCUCAGGAUGCUGAGAGGAAUGGUUUCCGAGCUUUCCAGCUCCGGAAAGGCCCUUCGGGCCAGAGUACGGACGCUGAAACGCUCGGAGGAGACCCUCAAGGUUCGACUGACGGCGGCGUAUAAGAUCUUCGCCCGCAUGAUCAGGAAGGACGGAGAGAAGAAGAGGAUUGAUUGAGGGGGAGGUGGGGCGAUAAUUUUUGUUUUUUCACAUUUUUAGUGAGGGGAAUGAGGACGGGAUCCAGAAAUGAUACCCAAUUCUUACUCGGAUGAUUUAUGCGCCGUCCAGGCCAAGUAUUAUGUUUUAGAUAGC